AUGAUAGAUGCCAGAGCGUGCAGGAAUGAUCCAGGCCUUGUUUCCUGCAAUGAUACCAAACUAAUGCCAGAUGGAACAUUCCCACUGACAGCUUUAGCAAGUUAUCCAGGUUCUGGUAAUACAUGGAUGCGACAUCUUAUAGAGACAUCAACCGGAUACGCUACGGGAGACGUGUAUGGAAGCAACAUACUCGCCAAUGCAGGUUUUAUAGGUGGAAAGGUUCCAACCUUCUCUGGGAGAACUUUGACAAUCAAGUCACAUUACUUUCAUCCUAAAAUGGACAGUGCUAUUUUAAUUGUACGUAAUCCAUACCGAGCAAUGGUGGCCGAGUUUAACAGACAGAAAUCGAAUAAGACUGGAUUUGCAAAGGACGGUGUGUUCAAAACAGAAGGAUGGAGUAAUUUUGUCAAGAAUCAAGCCCCGAAAUGGUUUAAUCUCUACGAGAAAUAUAUCUCAGAAUGCAACCACUUGGGCCACACCUGCAAGUCUAUGUUAAUCGUGUACUAUGAACAACUCCAACUACACUUUAAGGAUGAAUUGCGACGAAUAUUGAAUUAUCUUAACGUCACGAUUGAUGAACAAAGACUUGCAUGUACAGUAAGAAAUUCAGAGGGACAAUUUCACAGAUCAAAGUUGAAUAAAACACUGGAUCCGUUUUCACAGGUAGAUAGGAGUCCCGUGGAGGAAUCUUUGAAAAAAUAUCUUGAUUUGAUUGAACAGGAGGGCUUGGACAAACCACCAUUAGAACUAAGCUCAUUUCCUAAUGAUAUUUAAUAUUGCAGAUCCAAGGCAUUUCAUAUUUUUUUUCCACCAGGGUACAUAGUCUUAACAUCGAUAAGCGGUCAUGACCAA